UGCUUGCUUUUUCUCUCGAGCCUGCAGUGUGCUUGUCGCCGUAUGCAGCCAGCGAUCCUAAACUCUCGGUACCCCGUCGGCAUAUCACAUGCGUCCCUUCCCCGCAAUGCCAUAAUUACAGUCGCUCUCCUCGAUCCGCCCACAAACUCUCUUUAGAGGAGGCCGGGACCGUAAACCUUUCCAUCGCAGAGACUCUCAAUAACCCUUCCAUCUCACUAUGUCUUCCCGCCCGGCCGUUGUUAAGGUGGUACCAAACCAUACCAUUGUGUUUGUCUGUGACAUCCAGACUAGAUUCCGCACUGCUAUUCAUGGCUUUGAUGAGAUGGUCAUGACCGUAAAUAAGAUGUUGAAUGUUGCCAAAGUUCUUGACAUCCCGGUCGUAGCAACAGAGCAAAACUCCAGAGCCCUUGGACCCACGGUACCGGAACUGGAUAUCACCAGUCUAGGACCCCUAUACCUCGGCGCAGUCGACAAGACGUUAUUCUCAAUGGCGACCCCUGAGGUGCAGAAAAUAUUAGCUGAACGUGAUAUCAAGUCAGUGAUCUUGCUUGGUAUUGAGUCGCAUGUAUGCGUUCUUCAGUCUGCGCUUGACUUGUUGUCGCUUGGAUAUGACGUGCACAUAAUAGCCGAUGGCGUGUCGAGCUGUAAUAAAGAGGAAGUUCCCUUUGCUCUUGCAAGGAUGCGCCAAGCUGGCGCACAGAUAAUUACUAGUGAAAGUGCAGCCUUCCAACUACAAAUGGAUUCUUCACGACCGACUUUCAAGGCAUUUUCCACUGUCAUCAAGGACGAGAAGGAGCGGACAGCACAGAGCUUGCAGACGUUGUUACCUGUGAAAUCAAGUCUAUAGACAUUCAUCAUAUCUUCAGCCUGCAUGUCAUUUAAUAUAGCAUGAUAAUUGGAGGAAUCUAUGUCAUUAAUCACGUCCUGUCAAUUG